GGUCCUAUGCAUUAAGUAACAUCUUCAUUCCAUGGGUAUAAAAGACCAACGGUACCUUGUGCCAUCACCAACAACUUCGACAGACCCCAAGACCCUAGCAAGAUGUUCAAGAUCUUCAUGUUCGCACUGUGCUUGGCCUGUGUGGCUGCGGCUGACCAAAUGUGCAAGUCAGACAGUGAGUGUGGCAGUGACGAAUGCUGCCUUCACCCCUUAUUCCACAAACGCUUCCUCUUCGACUUCGACACCGUCCACACCACCGGCAUGUGCUACCCCCGGGGCCAGGAGAAGGAGUUCUGCGAACCCCCCAUGGUUCACGACCCCUUCAACCCCAACCUUCACGAAUGGCACUGUCCUUGCAUGAGCGGCCUGGAGUGUCAUGGCGAGAAGGAACAUCACGCGAACGGCAUGCAUACAUACAGCAACCCACGUUGUCGAGCUACGACGAUGCCUACGACAAUGAUGCCUAUGACGAUGAUGCCGUCAACGAUGAUGCCUACGACAAUGAUGCCUACGACGAUGAUGCCUACGACGAUGACCAAUACCAACGGCGGGACACAGACGCCGAUGCAACCGAUAAUGACCUGAAACAACAGCGAACAACAAUGUCGACACUCAACUGACCUUCACUGUCGAUAUAUUAUUUGCCCUAAUGGCAGGAAGGUUAUUUUGGAAACUGGUUUGAUGAAAUCACGCUAACUGGGCAAUGUACCGAAAGGAAACACAAUUUCCAUUGCUCCUGGGAGUUUCCAAAUGAUUUUGUACAAUGAAUAUGGGCCGUGGGUGAAAAUAAAACAAUUGAUCUCAAG